AGCCCCUUCCUCCGUCUCAUUCCCCUCGUCCCUGGCGGCGGCGCACCACUCGUAUCUUCUCCACCAAACCCUACCCACCGACGCGAGCUCCUCUCCCCCGCACCACUCCUCGCCGCCGCCACCACCACCACCUACGGCGCCCGAUCCCACCCUCCGGUGGCGCCGAGCUCACCACGGUGACCCCAUCCCUCCGCUCCUUCCUCUCAUCGGGCCAGAUCGGGCGCGCGCAUCCUCAAGUGGCCAAGCGCGACCCCCGAUUCAGCCGAGGCCGCCGCCCGCCGACCCACCCCGUCCCUGAUGCCUCACUCGGCGCCUUCCGCCGUAGGGCCGCCGCGCUCGCAACACCCUCGGCGCCGCACCUCCACCGCCACCUCCGCUGGCUCCUCGCCGACGCCCCCGCCUCGUGCACGAGCGGCCGGAGCACGCCGUCCACCCCGCGCACGCGGCGCUCGACGCGCUCGAUGUCUUCGAUACGGUGCAGGACAUCAAGGACCUGGAGCACCCCUACUCGCUGGAGCAGAUACGGUGUGUGCUCUCCCAGGAGUCCGUCUCUGUCUCCCAGUAGUCCGUCUCCGUCUCCAUAUCCGGCCCGAGGUGUCUCCUCAUCAUCUACAACAAAGGAUCCCCAUUGCCCGCCACCAGCCUAUAGCAGAGGAUCCCCACUCUGUUGGGCACAACACGAACACCCAGAACAGAUCAUCAACAUACACAACCAGUGGAACUGCUACAAAGCACCAGAAGAAGGCGAAGCAAAGAGGGCAAGAUCACAGCAUCUCUUCUCGGUGAGGAAAUGCUCAGUCCUGCAGAACAACCGUGAAGCAGAAGUUAACUACGUGCUCGUCUGCGGGGUGCUUCUGGUGGUCUCGCUCUUCGAGCACUUCUGGAGGCUGCUCAAGUGGUUCGCCGUGGCGCACCAUGGACGUCAACAUACUCAUGCUCAUCGCAGAUAGACUGGGGUGAUUCUGCACCAAGUCGGUCUUGUUGGGCACGAUCCUGUUAUGGAGAAGCUUAAGAUUUCUGACACCAUUGCUCCUAUGUUCUCUGGAGAUGCUGGCAUGGCUGACCUAUUGGUGGGACCAGAUUGUGUCUGCUUCUGCCGGUGCAGGAGCUUCUUCCCCUGCGCCUCUAUUGUCCGCAUGUCUAGUUGAUUGAUUCCGCUUGCUUCCUACUGAAUCGUUCAGACUUUGUAGCGCUCAUGAGCCUUUUAUGUUGCGCCUAUGCUUGAUCUAUGAAGUGAUACAUCUGAAAUUUCCUACA